AUGUCUACGACCUCAGCCGUCCCUCCUACCAGUGGCCCAGCCACGGCCUUCCCCCCACUGGGUCUCACGCCGACCUCAUUCCCCAUGGUGUGGGACCUCAUCCUCGUCCACGCCGACGCGUCCACCGUUCUUUCCCUACGCGCGACGAGCAAGUAUCUCCACAAGUGCACCAGCGAGAAGCUGUACAAGCACGUUGGUAUCCACAUCACCAAGUCCGGUGACCGCCUCGACAUCGACCUGCGCGCCCCCUACUCGGGCCAGCGCGUUCCCGGUCUCGACUGGAACGGUGCGCGUGGCCUCUGCCUGUCGAGGCUGAGCUCGUACUGCGUGGUAAUCGACGAGGUAGUGGCGACUUCCCCACAGCCAGCUCUCAGCGGCGUGUGUCACGUCGAUACAGAAGCCUUCCGAGCGCUCGAGAAGGCAUUAUCAAACGUCACGUCCCAUCGGUGCGCGGGGAGCGCCUAUGCUUCGAUUUUCGCCCUCCCUCGGCUUCGGACCAUGACGACAUUCUUGGACCCCAGUCCCCACACCAUCGUCGUUCCAGAGCUCGUUAACCCCGUCUACCCCAUUUCCUGGAACCUCCGCGGCUCGUUAGCGACGACGGUCGAGAUCAACUUUCGACUGGGCGACAACCUUGUCCUCUGGUACAACCUCCCCCACUUGCCAAACCUCCAGCAUCUCAUCCUCAUCCUCCACAAGGAUGAGAUUCCACUGGACCCAUGGGUCACACUGGCAAGCCUGUUCUACGGCAUCGCUCGGUUUCUUCCCAGGGCGAAGCUCGUCAUUUGCGGGCUCGAACUCUGCCCGGAGCUGGACAAUCACAUUAAUAUGGCAUGGGAGCAACGGAAGAUCUGGUUCCACACGAAAAUCGCCAUCUCCAUUGGCGACCACAAGUCGGUUGAGAUGGGGAACGAACGCGGCACGUGGAUGGGACGUGUAGGGGACGGGGCGGAGGGCGAGCGGGCCGAGUUUGAAGACAUCAAGAACGCGAUCGCGAUCAAGACCCUUGAGUAUCUGCGCGCGACUAAGGGGAAGGAGCCGUAUCGACGCAUGGCACUGCCCCUCGCCAUGGUCGUUGGCCGUCCUCUCGCCAGCCACGCCAGCGAGGAGUAG